AUGGCCUCCUCUCGUGAUGGCUCGGUCUACAGCCCAGACCAUGAAGCACCCGCGAAAACAUCCUUCUUCCGCUCCAUCCCCUUCCAGAUCGCGGUCGCCUGCGGUGUAUCAUUCACGGCGCCGGGAAUGUGGGAUGCCCUCGGCGGUCUAGGCGCCGGAGGAGCAGCCGAGCCGUACGCCGUUUCUGCCGCCAACGCUCUAGUAUACGGUCUGUUCGCCGCUGUGUGCAUGGCGGCCGGUGCUAUCAACAACAGAAUUGGCUUGCGAUAUGGUCUUGCCUUGGGAGCGAUAGGAUAUCCUAUCUACGGAGCUGGACUCUACACGAACAAUGUUGCGCCCAAGACGUGGUUCCUGUUGUUCGGUAGUGCGCUUUGUGGUAUCUCUGCUGGCUUCUUUUGGGCGGCUGAGGCAGCGAUUAUCAUCGGAUACCCAAGUCCUCAAGAUCGUGCUUUCUAUCUGGCCAUCUGGCAAACCGCCAAAGCAGCAGGCCCUAUCGUCGGAGGCGCCAUCAACCUCGGUCUCAACGCGCAAACCUCAUCAAAAGGAUCUGUCAGCUCAGCUACCUACAUCGUCUUUAUCGUCAUCAUGUGUCUGGGCCUCCCCAUCUCCCUCCUUCUGAGUCCCGCAGACAAAGUCCAGCGAAAAGACCGCACCCUCGUCGUGGUGCACAAGCAACCGACUUGGUUCGCCGAGUUCAAGGCUGUUCUGUCGCUGCUAGUCACGAAACGUAUGCUCUUGUUGAUCCCAGCCUUCUUCAUCAGCUACUUCUUUAAUGGCUUCAUGAGUACCUGGUUGACGACCUACUUCACCGUCCGAGCACGCGCGUUCUCGUCCUUCUUUACCAACUUCGCUGGAAUUAUCAGCUCUUUCAUGAUUGCGGCUCUUUUGGAUCGUCAGUCGAUCUUUAUCAAGACACGAGCUAGAAUUGCCUUCUCAGCUAUCAUCUUCAUCCUCAUUGGCACCUGGAUCUGGGCAUCAAUUCUGCAGAAGGAAUUCUACGAUGCGGAGGAGCCACCUGUUUUCGAUUGGUUCAAGGGAGGUUUCGGAAAGGCCUACACUCUGAUUUUCUUCUGGCAGUUCGGAGGUCAAGCCUUCCAGCAGUUCCUCUACUGGCUGAUUGGACAGUACACCACUGAUCUGUCGUCACUGUCUUAUCACUGCGGUAUCUUGCGAGGAUUUGAGGCUCUGGGACAAACUGUUGCUUGGGCGAUGCAAUCUGAGGGUAACGCCAACCACUUUGUUAGCAUUGGUCUCAAUUUCGGUAUCACCAUCUUGUGUAUCGUACCAACCUGGAUUGUUUUGUCUGGACUGGAACAUAGCCACGAGGUCACGGUUACAGCUACUACAGAGCCGUCGACAAAGGAGACGGAGCCUGUUACAAAAGCAUAA